AUGUCAAAUGCACGCUGUUCCCAUUCUCUCUUGAAGGGAAAGCUUCUCGCUGGCUCCAAUCUCUUCCGACCGGUUCUCGUACCUCAUGGGACCAGGAUCUCCAAUUUCAAGCAGAAGUCCGAUGAACCUUUCCAUGAAGCUUGGGAGAGGUACAAAGAGUACCAGAGAGAAUGCCCGCACCAUGGGUUUGAUGAUGACUAUAUAUUGGAGGUGUUCUAUGAUGGAGUGAGCUACGAGUUUCGAAACACCCUUGAUUCUUCGAGUAAUGGAGACUUCAUGACUCAAACCACACCUGAUGAUCUCACUGCAAAGGUGGACCAACUGCUUAAGGGAAACCAAAGCCAAGUGUUCAUAAUGGAAGAAGCAGCUCCUGAGAAGAGUGCCGGUGACCUGGCGUUUGAUGCUGAAAUAUCAGGAGACGAUCAGCAAGAGGCAAGCUACGUGAAUGGGCAAGGAUGGCAGCUCAAAAACUACCACCCAAACCCUAACGUGAGGAACAACACACAGGUUUUUUGGCCUAAGCAAGACAAACCAGCUGAUCCUGCUCAGAGUAACCAAGGUCAGUAUGCCGGCGAUUUGAGCACCAAAUACGACAAGAAGAGGUUCACUGCGGCUGAGAAGGGGAAGCAGAAAGAGUCGGAACAACCACCAGCCGAUGCCCCGGCAGCUGAGAAGGAUAGGGAACCAACAGUUGGAACCAAUUCGCCAGGACCAGAACAACCAGCUGAGGCUGUCCGCCCGAUUCCAGAGCCUGUUCCUGCUCGCGAAUACACUCCUAAAGUCCCUUACCUGGUUCCAGGAAAGGCUACUCGUAAGGACCGAGAGGAGAUGAAGUGCAGAAAGAUGCUGGAGGACCUAACCGUCCGACUCCCUUUGAUGGAUGCGAUCUAG